CCCUUCUCCUCCACUAUUCUUCUCCUCUUCAAUGGCCAAGUUGCUCCCACUGUUCCUCCUAUUACUCAUCACAUUCUCCAUGGUCUUAUGUGGGAUCGGGCAUGAGGUAGAGGUGGAGCUGGCUAAGAAGAGCCAAGGGGGGAGGCAUGGCUCUGGAAGCCUAAAAAGCUAUCAGUGUCCGGGUGAGUGUAGCAGGAGGUGCUCUCGGACGCAGUAUCACAAGCCGUGCAUGUUCUUCUGCCAGAAGUGCUGCAGGAAGUGUCUGUGUGUGCCUCCGGGGUUCUAUGGAAACAAGCAGGUCUGCUCAUGCUACAACAACUGGAAGACCAAGCGUGGUGGCCCCAAAUGCCCUUGAGAUCCAUAUGGAUACAUUAGUCGUUUAGCUAGUUAUAUGGUUGUAGGUCUAUAUAUGGAUGGGUUGUAUGGUUGGUGAUUUUUCUGGUAUCACCAUAUGCUCCAUAAUCAUCAUCUGCAUGUCUUUUAUGGGCUUGUUAUGUUUUGUUUUGGAAUGGGCUGGGCUGUCCUGGGUGCCAGGGCUUCUAAAGUACUAACCUUGGAUGUCUGGUUUUCCUUCACUAUAACUAUGGGAGUUGCCUAUCUUCUGGCCAUCAAAUAUGUGCUGCUUUUUUUUGAAAAAAAAAUUCUGGUGACACUGAGUGUUGUUCCAUCUAUUUGAUGUAUUGAUGUUGAACUC